AGAUAAACAAGCAAUAUGGCGGCUCCCUCGAUAUCAGUGAGUUUAGCGUGUUUGAGGCACUCAAAGAAAGCGAAACGAGUUGAAAGUGAUAACCGGAAGUUUGUCAUUCCUGGGGACAUUAUUACGAAACAGUUGGAAGAAAAAUAUAUCAUAAGCCACGGUACAUACCUGGACGAGAGGGCCGAUGAAAAUUAUUUGAGGUCAUCGGUGGCUGGGGUCGUCGAGUACGUCAGCAAACUUGUGACUGUCAACCCACUGAAAACAAGAUACAAUGGAGAAGUUGGCGACGUCAUAAUAGGCCGGGUCGUUGAGGUCAGCCAGAAAAGGUGGAAAGUCGAUAUCAAGGCCAAGUUAGAUGCUUUUCUGCCGCUGUCAUGUGUCAAUCUUCCAGCUGGAGAGAUUCGCAGAAAAUCUGAAGAAGAUGAAAAAUGGAUGAGAGAAUAUAUGAAGGAGGGUGAUGUUAUCACCGCGGAAGUCAGAUCAGUAUAUAGUGAUGGGGUCUUAUCACUCAACACAAAAAAUCUUAAACACGGAAAGCUGGGUCAGGGCCUCCUUCUCAGUGUCUCGCCCUCUCUCAUCAAGCACCGCAAGGCCCACUUCCACACCCUCAUCUGCAACGUGGGGGUCAUACUCGGUAGCAAUGGGUACAUCUGGGUCUACCCCUUAGGGCAGGGUAAGCAAGAGGAGUCAGGAGGUCAUGUCCAAAAUUUUGAGCCAUUUUCAAAAGAGGAUCACGAGCUAGUAUCAAGGGUUAGAAACAGUAUCCUGCUACUAUCUGAGCAUGAUAUCAUGCUGUAUGAUAACACUAUCAUCGUGGCCUAUGAAGCUUCUAUGCAAUAUCAGGUAAAAGACCUCCUAAAGCCCGAUAUAUCGAGAGAGGUUGCUGACAUUGUUCGACAUCAUCUCCAACAACAUCAUUUCAUGGAUGAAUGAAUGAAUAAAUGAAUGAAUUGGUUAAUGAAUUAAUUGGAGAGUAAAUGAAUUGAUUAAAAAUUGAAUGAAUGAAUGUACAAAUGAAUCAUUAUAAUAAAGACUGAUACGUGGAUUGAAAAAUUUUAUUUUUCAA